UCCACGGUCACAUACCCAUCUUUGGCCAUGAGCUGCCCUGAGUCUCAAAAGACAGGGAAGAAUGCUGGUUCCCCUCAAAAACAAGUUAUCUUCAAAAAAAGCACCCGUGACAAAGCUCUGACCAUCUACCUGGGAAAGCGUGACUUUGUUGACAACAUGGGGACUGUGGAACCUGUAGAUGGUGUUGUAUUGGUGGAUCCUGCAAUGAUCAAGGGGAAAAAAGUGUACGUGACCUUGACCUGUGCUUUCCGGUAUGGCCAGGAAGACAUUGAUGUGAUUGGCCUCACCUUCCGACGGGACCUGUUUUUCUCUAGGGUCCAGCUGUACCCACCUGCUGACAAGCCAGACUCUCUCACCCACUUGCAGGAAUCUCUGUUAAAGAAGCUGGGGAAAAAUGCCUAUCCCUUUUUCUUUACAUUCCCAGAUUACCUGCCUUGUUCAGUCUGUUUGCAGCCUGCACCUCGUGAUGUUGAUAAGAGCUGCGGGGUGGACUUUGAGGUGAAAGCUUUCUCAACAGAGAAUGUGGAAGAGAGAAUUCAUAAGAGGAACUCUGCACGCCUAUUGAUCCGAAAGGUGCAAUAUGCUCCAGAACAGCCAGGACCCCAACCUUGCGCAGAGACCACGUGGCAAUUCUUCAUGUCCAACAAGCCGUUAAACUUGAAAGCUUGCCUCAGUAAAGAGGUGUACUACCAUGGCGAGCCCAUUCCAGUCACUAUCACAGUCACCAACAACACAGAGAAAACAGUGAAGAAGAUCAAAGUCCAGGUGGAGCAGGUUGCCAAUGUGGUUUUAUACUCCAGUGAUUACUAUACAAAAGUGGUAGCGGCUGAGGAAGCACAGGAGAAGGUGCAGCCAAACAGCAGCCUGACCAAGACACUGACAGUUUUGCCCUUGCUAGCAAAUAACCGGCAGACCCGGGAAAUAGCCCUGGAUGGAAAGCUAAAAGAUGAGGACACCAACUUGGCUUCUAGUACCAUUAUUAAGGAUGGAAUAGAUAAGACAGUGAUGGGGAUUCUCGUUUCCUACAAGAUCCGAGUGAAGCUCACUGUUUCAGGUGAAGUGGGCACAGAGCUGCCGUUUCGUCUCAUGCACCCCAAACCCGAGGAAAAGAACCCAGCAGGGAAGGAUGGUGAUGCAGAGAUGGUAUUUGAGGAGUUUGCUCGUCAACAGCUAAAAGAUAUGCCUGAUGAUGAAGAAAACAAGAAUAUUUCCUCAACUGAUGAGUGAUGAAAACAGCAAGCUGCUAGAGAAGCUGUAUAGUCUGGCAUCGUUUAGAAAUUUAGGACCUAGGUUCCUGGUAAACUGCAUGUUCUGAGUGCAUACAUUGUCUUUCAAGGAUCAGUAGACAUAAAAUCAUGAAUCUCUGUUGCUUACUAAAAGUUUUAGCUCCAUAAAAAUGUAGCAAACUCAACACUUGAUGCUUACUCUAGUUACCAGAGGAGGGCAGGAAGGCUGCUCUGCUGUGACAUGUGCUUCACUGGCACCUAACAAAAUGGUGGUUACUUUCACCACUGAUGAGGGCUUAAACGAUGGCUUGUGCAGCCUGCUUACACUUAGCUGGGGUCACGGAGUCUCUGCUUUUGAAAUGCUAGCGAACUAAGUUCUAGUUUGAAUGGCUGGCUUGCUGCCUUUGACUUGAAGUUCCUCAGUGGACUAUGCAAAAUUGAUUUUAUUUCCUUUUGUUUGCUUUUGCAUUUUUCCUUUAUCAAAUUCAUCUAGUUAAUAUUUUCAGUGCUUGCGCUGUCCCCAUGUAUUGCUUACAUCCGUUUGCUCUAGCAUUAAAUGUCUUGCAAGUCAUCUUUCACAGCAACUGUAACGCUGAGAUACUAUGUUAGCUUUUUCGCAAUAUGUUUAAUAGUUAUGUUAUUAAAGAUCAGGGAAAUGUGCAUUGUACAUGAAUUUCUUAACAAAGAUCCCUAUAUACAACCCCAGAGAACUGGUAGUCUAGACUAAUGCUAUAUGUAAUCUAGUUUCCCGUAUGCAGCAGUACUUCAGAAGAGGGUACAAUAAAAUUAAGGAGGAAAUCACAGGGCAGCCUGCCCUGAGGAGGCUUUCCCUACAUCCAUCUGCCAGAGAUCAGUUUGUGCUCUAAGAAAUGAGAUUGUACUCUGCAAACAUUGGUAUGUCUUGUUGAUCUGGAUAUUCUCAUUAUCUGUGUAAAUGUCUAAUCCUUUCCCAAGUCUCAUGUAGACCUUUGCUGAAGUGAGUUGUAUCAGCUAAUUACAUGUUGUGUGUAAAAAGACUGGUGUUUUCUUUUUCUCAUUUUUGUUCUCUGUUUUUCAGUGUCUCUGGUUUCAAUUCUCCUGGAAAGUCUGAAUACUGGGCCUAUGUUAAAUAAUAUAAAUUUAUGUAUCUCACCCUAUGCACUGGAAACUGGAUUUAAGAGCUUCCCUCUUAGAUCCUAGCUAUCAAUGAUGACCACUUUGUAGAGAAGAAAAUGAGGGACACAUUUUAGAGAUGUCCAUUUCCUCCCAGCAGGAGUGGGACUCUCAUGAAAGCUUGCUGUAAGCAAGUUGCACUUCUGUCCUGCUUCAGACUGCAGAGGUUGGAUAAACUUAGCUUUCCCGCUCUCUGGCUUUGGUUUCUGUUGGUAACUAUAACCUGUGAAAGCAGUCUGCUUUGGAGAAACAUGUGGGCUGCUCUCAGGCAUUUCUGAAGAAUGAUGCUAUAUUUAGGUCUCAUUUUUUGAGCAAAGACCGGUUUUGGUUUUUGUUUUUUCCUGUUUGCAUGUUUUCUCUUACUGAUACCAUCAGGGUUACAAGCCCUACUUUUACAAAUGGCCCAAAGUCUUUAACCAAACUACCUUAUAUGUGGCCUCUAACACUUAUAAAUAGAUUUGGUUAAAAAUAAAGCCUUCUGUUUUGCUUUAUCAUGUUCUGUAAACUGGGCUUGUGUUAAGAUGCUGAAAGCAGUGAGCUGAAGACCACAGCUGACUCCACAGCCCCAUCAGUGCUCUGCCUUCACACCACUUGUUGGUGUGUGUUUGUCGCAGCUCUUUCACCUUAGGUGAAAUUGCAAGAGGCACUGUGUUUGGUUUGCUCUUUCUCGGCAUCGUGUACUGUGCUGCUAAAGAAUCACUGCAACCAUUUUCAGGUGUUCCUAGUCAGUAUAACUUGUGUGGUUUCCAUUUUA